AUGACACCGAUUCAAGUGAUUUAUUACAUCGCUUUUUCAGUUGUCAUAUUAUCAAUCAGUAGAGCUAAAACCAUUCAGAAUACCAAGAAUGCUCAUCCCGACCUCAUUACUAUUGGAUAUUCAUGGCAGUAUGCUACAAGUAACGAGCUCCUUCGUAAAUUUGUUAGCCAGUUUGGAUUAUCCCCUAAAAAGAAUGAGAUAUUUCGGAUUACGACACAUGAAAUGGAAAAGUGGAAAGAUCUGCUAGAAAGUCACACCGACGUAGAUGUGAAACUAAUACCUUGGCGACAAGAACAAACUACAAUAAAUAUUUAUAAAACAUGUGAUGAAAUGAGCUUAGCCGAAUUCACACUGCUCUAUGGUAUUGUUAAUACGACACGCAACAGCCUAUUUAUUAUUGACUCUGAGAGUGAGUCAAGCGACCGAAUCAACAUUCUGGUACGAGCAGCAACUAAAUGCAACCUCUGCGCCCAAUCGGCUGAGAGAAUUUUUCCAACCAUUUACUUUUGUAAUAAUAUAGGUAAUAACAACUGGACAAAUAAGCUAGGAAGAAAGUGCAACACAGCAAUGCUGCCACUACCCAAUGGCUUAAGACGUAAGAAUAGUGUCUAUUCUUUGAUGCCUCGAAUUUUCGUAUCCGCUACUGAGCACAAAUAUCAUAACCGUUUUUAUCACAGCACACAACAGCCACGCGCAGUACACAAAGCACAUCAAGAUUCACGCGGUCACCACAUGCUCAGCAGACACCGAAAAAAGCAUCGUGUUUCUACUAAAAGGUAUAAACUUUUAAAGCUAUACCGGGAACAGGAAACCAAGCAGAAGAUCCGCAAAAAAGCUUCUGAUAUUCUGGAAGUGCCAAUUGGAAGACGAAAGUUGCUUUGCAAAUACCGGAAAUCGUGCUAUAAUACGGGCAUUAUCCCGAAUACGUGGAAUAUACACAACAUCCUACCACGAUUUAUGGAUUCACAUGCACAAGAAAAUUCCUCCGAAAAAAAAAGCAUGACCGAAAUGCAAAUAAAGAAUGAAAAUGAAGAGAAAGAAGAGAUCAGCGAAGCAGAACUGAAACUGCUGUGUCGCUACCGCAAAUCCUGCUAUGAAGAAGUGGGUGCUGAAAUCGAGAAGAGUACUUUGAAAGUUCAAGCAGGGCCAAUUUUUUCUCGUGAAAGCACUAUUUUACCAGCAACGAAACAAAAAUCAACUAAAGAAAUUGCCAGGAUGGCACUGGCAAAAGCGGAAGAAAAAGAAAAAAUUGCAACACUACUAUCUAUCUCGACGAAAGCGAUUACUGAAAAGAAUAUGAAUGAAAUCGUGGAAGAAAUGAAGAAACGUUUGGUUUGCAAAUAUCGGAAAUCCUGCUAUGAUAGUGGUGUUCUUCCCGAAAUCGAUACGUCAUUCGACAAUUUAUUCCAAAAAAUCUACUACUUCGUAAGAGGAAGAAAUCACGAGGCAAGCACACAGGAAAUUAUUCACAAGGAAUUUACCGAUUUUAAUGAUGAUGAAAAGAGAGUUUACUGUAAGUAUCGAAAGUCUUGCUACAAUACUGGCCAAAAGCCUGUAAUAAACCAUGGCGAAAUUUUCAAGUAUAUACAUAUUGUUAAGAAGUAUGAAGAAGUGAUCCCUUUAGAGAUACGUUGCAAAUACCGGAAAUCGUGCUAUGAUACUGGUAUUUUACCUGACCUGAAGAAAAAAGUUGCCAAAGAAGAAUCGCCGUCAGCGGUACCGGUGCAAACAGUUAUAUCGUUGUAUCACUUGAAAACAUUCUGUAAGUACAGAAAAAGUUGUUAUAAACAAAAAGCUGAAGAGCAACAGAAUUUCAAUGUUGGACUAUUCGAUGAAGCUGAAACACUUGGUAAUGAUGAGGCAGAACGAAAAGAACAGAAAGAGAAAAAAAUAAAGAAAGUUAUUAAAUCAUUCCAGAAAGAAUCUGCAUCCAAAUCUGAGAAAACUAAAGAAAUAAGCACAUCAAAAAAAAUGGAACGCACUCUCGGAACGAAGCCUACACAGGUUACGGAUAAUAAAAAGCUGAUCAAAACGUCGAAAGUUUCUGUUCCUGAAUUGGAGGGAAAAAGGAUGGCAACAAUAAUAGAAAAUAUAAAAUUUGAAAAAACUGUACAUAAACCCAAGAAAAAGAAAAUCAAGGGACCAGCUGAAGAAAUACCAAUACGGCAGGCAAAAAAGGUUCAGAAGACUGUUUGGUCAACAAUAAAUAUGAAACAACCCAUAACAGAGAAGGGAAUUCCGGAACGUGUAGAAUUUAAAAAGGAGAAACUGAAAGCUGAAAAAGUAGAAAAGGAAAUUAGAAUCAAGGAGGAAAAAAUUAUAAAGGGAAAGGAAAUUUCGAUUGCAGAAGAAAAAGAUUUUGAAAAAGAACCAACAACGACGGAGAUACCACCACCAUCACCCGUCAAAGAAGUACAAUCGGUAUUCUUACAAGCAGAGAAUAUAACACCUCCUGCAAAAGUGAACAUCUAUGACGAAAACUUAAGCCCAUUAGAUAUCAAGCUCUUAUGCAAAUACCGUAAAUCAUGUUAUGAAAGCGGCAAACUGCCACCAGCCCAAAGCGCAAAGACAGUACAAGAUUUCGAAGACCCCAGACAGCUCGAAAUACGAUGUAAAUACCGAAAAUCGUGCUAUGAAACAGGUAAGUUACCACAAAACCUUCAUGAAAACUUCAAAGAGACACACCUAAUCAAAAAGAAAGAAGAAAAUAUUCCAAAAAAAUAUAACCCAAAGGGACAUAUCCCACUCACACUAAGAUGCAAGUACCGAAAAUCAUGUUACAAAACCGGAAAACUGCCAUCAAUUAAAACAAGCAUAUUUGGGUUCCCAACAAUCCAAAUUCUGAACGAAUGUAAAGCAUCCAUCGGAGAGGAACAAAAUAGAGAACAACUAAAACUACGCUGUAAAUAUCGAAAAUCAUGUUAUGAAUCGGGCAUACUUCCGCUACAUUUGAAUAAUACGGCAUAUGUAGUUACUACUUCUAUUAAACAGUACGAGAAUUUGCACUUAAAAUGCAAAUAUCGCAAAUCGUGUUUUGAAAACAUGAAACUGGACAUACAACUAGACAAAGUUCGUAAAAAGGUAGAGCUGAAAAAAGUGCAGGAAGGAAUAGUAAAAGCGCCAAACCAAACAGAAAUGGUUGUUAGAAACAAAGAGAAAGAACAGAAAAAGGAGAUACAAGACGAAGUUAUGAAUGGGAAAAGUAAACGAACACACAAGAAGAAAAGUAAAGAGCUUAAAUAUGAGGUUAAAGAACAGCAAUAUAUGCAGAUAGAGCCGCUCGAUUCACGAUCACGACAAGAAGCAACCAAACUACAAUUGCUAAAUAGUUCGCAAAAACUUAAAUGUAAGUAUAGAUUAAAAUGCUACAAUAGUGUGCCGCUGCACCACGUUACUGAAGGAAAAGGAAUCGAAAAGCAACGACAAUUAAAUAUUAAAGAUUUUCGCCGUGCAAAUGGCGCCAUUUGCAAUAUUUAUUAUAUAUCAUGCCGGAAACAGGCUGGCUUGCCUAUUAUUGGACGUGCACCAAUAGGACCGAAUGGGCGACGUCUCUGCCGGAAGAAAAAAAAGGAAUUAGUGAUUAAAUACAAAUAGAAACUUACGUUAUCCAUGCGUUUAUUUUUUAACCAAGUUUUCUAAACUUUUUUGUCUUCUUUGCUUUCUCUUUGCAAGCGCACACAUUAAUAUUAAAAUUGCAUCUCAU